AGUAAGUAGUCCUGAAAAAAUGAACAACUUUGCUGAUCAUUGCAGUGAGAAACUGAAGCACAUCUCCUGCUGUUUACAGGCAGGACUAGGUAAACUACACCAAGCCAUUCAUGGCUCACUCCGAACCCUCCUUCAAAUCCUCUUCUUUCAGGUGAAUUCAUUCUGGAUUGAACUUGGCUAUUUCCUCACACUCUCCUCACUUGGUUUCUUGGCUCUGAACGCUUCAAAUCCUAGAACGACGACGACGUUCAAGCCUAAAUACAUCGAUCUUUUCUUCACUUCCGUGUCGGCCUCGACUGUUUCCAGCAUGUCCACCGUCGAAAUGGAGGUCUUCUCCAACACCCAACUCGUUUUAUUGACCAUUUUGAUGCUUGUUGGUGGAGAGGUCUUCACCUCCAUGCUUGGACUCCACUUGAUCAGGGCAAAGAUUUACCUGCAGAAAAACGGGUUAAUAACUCACAGAACAGUAUCUGAUUCUUCAAUCUCUUCAGACCCGAUUCCUGAUUCUCCCACUGACCAUAUUGAGCUCCAAAUGGCUACUCGUUUCCGGGACAAGAAAUCAGACACCAAACCUGGAGAAACAGGUGGGAAUUUAAACCAUAAAUCCAUCAAAAUCUUGGCCUAUUUCGUCGCAUGUUAUCUUCUCGUCGUCCAUGUAGCAGGCUCCACGCUGAUUUCCAUCUAUUUCAGCCUCAUUCCAAGCGCAAGAAAAGUGCUCAAAAUCAAAGGCCUCAACAUGCAAACGUUCUCCAUAUUCACCACAGUUUCCACGUUCGCAAACUGCGGUUUCGUGCCGACCAACGAAAACAUGAUGGCUUUCAAGAAGAAUUCAGGCCUUCUCCUCAUUCUAAUCCCCCAGAUUCUGAUGGGGAACACGCUAUACCCUGUUUGCCUGCGUUCAGCGAUCUGGGCCGCCGAGAAAAUGAGUAGAAGAGCAGAAUUCAGGUACAUGCUGAAGAAUUCCAGGGAACUGGGAUACGGGCACCUGAUUUCUGGACGGCAUUGUGUUUACCUGGGAAUUACAGGUGUGGGGUUCGUGAUUGUGCAGUUGGUGGCUUUCUGUCUGCUGGAGUGGAAGUCUGAAGCAACUGGUGGUUUGAGUGCUUAUCAGAAGCUGGUGGGGUCUCUUUUCCAGGUGGUGAAUUCCAGGCACACUGGGGAAUCUGUUUUUGAUCUAUCAGCAAUUUCUCCAGCCAUCUUGGUGUUGUUCGUCGCCAUGAUGUACCUCCCACCAUACACUUCGUUUCUACCAAUAGACGAAGCUGAAGAGAUGAAAGGCGAAGGAGAAAAAUGGCGAAAGAAGAAAGGAUUGGGGGAGCACAUAAUGUUCUCACAACUCACUUAUCUGCUCAUUUUUGUCAUUCUCAUCUGCAUCACGGAAAGAAGAAAGAUGAAAACAGACCCCCUCAAUUUCAACGUUCUCAGCAUUGUCGUUGAAGUCGUCAGUGCAUACGGGAACGUGGGAUUCUCAGUUGGGUACAGUUGCGAACGACAAAUAAACCCUGAUGGUGGUUGUAAGGAUGCAUGGUACGGAUUGGCAGGAAGAUGGAGCAACCAGGGGAAAUUGGUGCUCAUCCUUGUGAUGUUGUUUGGGAGAUUGAAGAAAUUCAGCAUGAGAGGUGGUAGAGCUUGGACUCAUCUCUAAAUUUGCUUCAUUCUUCAUUACAAUUUUCAUGUACAACCUAUUGCGUACCUCUAUAUAUACUAUAAGAUAUUUAUAGCUUAAGUCGAUUACAUUAAGAUGUAUAUUUUUAGUUUUAUUAAAAAUCUUUAUAGUAAUUUUAAAUCAUAUUAUGAGUGUGACAAUGUUCGAUUUUG